AUGACAACAUGGGUCGUCUCACGGGCUAUCCAACGACUUGCCCAACGCCCUGAGAUGAUUGCCAAGUCAUUUAUAAGCUGCGGUAUUAGUGUGAGGCCCGACGGGAGCCAGGACCACCUCAUACACAUCAAAGACAUCGACGAGAUCGAUUUUACGGGUUGGGAGACUACUAAGGAGAUUAUCGUCAAGGAGGAAGAAGUUGUGAAUACCCUCACGGACUUUGAGGAGCUUAUGUUAGCUGGGGACGAAGACAACACCCCAGAGGACCUUUAUAUUGGUCUCAUGCAGCUAAAGAAGGAACAGCUGAAGACAAUGGCCAAGGGGCUUGGACUUUUAGUGGGUGGGAAUAAGGAUGAUAUUGUGAGACGGCUGAUGAGGAAAUAUACCGAUGGGACUACUGCCGAGGCCCCGAUUACAGUGGAGGAAGAGCCUGAAUCAUGUAUUGUAGUUAUACCUUAG